AAGAAAUCCCAGCCGUUGAAUCACCCAAUGAGAAACCUUACAAAACCCUAUUUAACAUUUUCGCGAGUCUCCUCCGCCUCCUUUGUUUUUAUAUCUUAGCAGAAACCCUAAAAACUUCUUUAGCGGCUGCAUCCGACUCUCCACAGUCCACACCGACAGAUGGGUGAGGAAGUUAAGGCUGUGAUUCCUGAGUCACUCUUGAAGAAGAGGAAGAGGAAUGAAGAAUGGGAGCUGGCAAAAAAGCAGGAGCUUGAAGCUGCAAAGAAGAAGAAAGUCGAGAGCCGCAAGCUGAUUUACAAGAGGGCUAAGCAAUAUGCAAAGGAGUACGAGGCUCAGGAAAAAGAGUUGAUUCAAUUGAAGCGGGAGGCUAAGUUGAAAGGAGGAUUUUAUGUGGAUCCAGAAGCUAAGCUUUUGUUUAUUGUUCGCAUCCGUGGUAUCAAUGCCAUGCACCCAAGGACAAGAAAGAUCUUGCAGCUCUUACGUUUGAGACAGAUUUUCAAUGGUGUUUUUCUUAAAGUGAACAAGGCAACAAUGAACAUGCUUCACAGGGUUGAACCUUAUGUGACAUACGGUUACCCCAAUCUCAAGAGCGUGAGGGAAUUGAUUUACAAAAGAGGUUACGGGAAGUUGAACAAGCAGCGAGUUGCUUUGACUGACAAUGAAAUCAUUGAGCAGGCUCUGGGCAAGUUUGGCAUCAUCUCUGUAGAAGAUCUUAUCCAUGAGAUCAUGACUGUGGGGCCUCAUUUUAAGGAAGCCAAUAACUUCCUCUGGCCAUUUAAGCUCAAGGCACCAUUGGGUGGUUUGAAGAAGAAGAGAAACCACUAUGUGGAGGGAGGAGAUGCUGGCAACCGUGAGAACUACAUCAAUGAGCUAAUUAGGAGAAUGAAUUAAACUUGGUCUUAUUUGUUAAUUUAGUAGUUGAGGUAUUUUUGGCUUAUUUGAAGCGUUCUGAUCUUAAUUUCUUCCGGAAGUUAGAACAGUUUCUUUUAAAAGCAUGAAAAAUUGCAUUGUGUUACCAUUAUUCUACUUUGUGACUCAAGUUUCUCAAAGUUUUGUUGCCUUAAGAAAUUUUGUUGCGAAUACUUCAGAUGGUUAUUUGGUACUAUAGUUUGCUACUGCCUUCGUGUGGAUCA